UUGUGUAUUAGUAAUUACAAGCGCGUGUUCUGGACCACAAUGUAAAUCGGUGCAUCUUCAUUUAGAAUUGUGUCAACUUGCUCGCAAGUUAAACGCAAUGUUUGAAAUACAAAUGACUAUGGAAAUGGUAGCUUAUUUGGUAUAUCUGACAAGAUUAUUUCGUUAUACUUUUAUACAUAUAACAGCACAUGAUAAAUAUAUAUCAUCGCUAAUAGAUUGGAUUCACGUUUAUUUGUUGGUACUAUUUUUUGUGGCCAGGCUAUUCUCCUUAAAUUAUAUUUGCGAAAGUGUUAGCGCUAAGUCUAAUGAAAUGAAUAAAAUGAUUCAUCGAUUAACACAUUCUCUUCGAUAUGCUGACAUUCGUGACGAGAUCUUCCAGUUUACAUUGCAAAUAAUACAUCGACCAUUGAAAUUGUCUGCAUUAGGUCUCUUCAAUUUUGGCAAUGACUUCUUGCGAAAAUUUAUCAUCACAAUUGUGACGUUUGUGACUAUUGUAAUCCAAAUGCCGGGCGCAUCUAAAGCGUUCAUGGGUUUUUAA